CUGAUUACAGACUACGUGCGCUACAAGCCCGUCCUCCUCCUCCAGGGUGUCAGCUUCAUCGUCACGUGGCUCUUGCUCCUCUUCGCACACGGAGUGGUGGCCAUGCAGGUGGUGGAAUUCUUCUACGGGAUGGUGACAGCCACCGAGGUCGCCUAUUACGCCUACAUCUACAGUGUCGUCAGCACCGAUCACUAUCAGAGAGUGACGAGCUAUUGCAGAAGUAUCACUCUUGUUGCAGCCACUGUGGCCGCCGUGCUGGGACAGCUGCUGGUUUCCUUAGCAGAUGUAUCCUACUUCCACCUUAACGCCAUUACUUUGGCUUCCCUGGCCCUGGCAUUUGUGUGUUCCUUUUUUCUCCCAAUGCCUCAGAAGAGUAUGUUCUUCCACAGGAAAGAGGUCUCAGCAGCUCUCCCAGGACCGGAUAAAGUUGUGGCUACGGCCAGCUCCAACAGGCCAUCGAGCUGCCAAGAGGACAAGGGCUCCCUAUCUGCUGGCAGGGGACCACCCCCUGAACAGCAGCCUGAUGAUGCCAAGCCCCAGAAUCAGGUGCUCAGAGUACUGCUGCAGCUGAGCAAGGACCUGAGGGACUGCUACAGCUCUAGGAAACUUCUCUACUGGUCCCUGUGGUGGGCUCUGGCUACAGCAGGCUUUAACCAGGUUCUGAAUUAUAUCCAAGUGCUGUGGGACUUCAGAGCCCCCUCUCACAGCUCUGCAGU